UGUCUUUAUUUUCUCUGCAUUAUUUCUCUUCACACACAUCUCUAAAAUCCCUAGAAAAAACCCUCCCUAUCUCUCUCCUCAAAAACCCACUCCCCCCUUUCUCUCUCUACAUUUUUCUCAGAUCUCUGCAUUUCCUCUAAUAACCUGCAUUUUCUUUGCCUGAACAGAAAUAAUCACAUAAACAAAAGGGCAUUUUAGGAAUAUUGUCAUUUUGCUAAUGUCUCAUUUGAGAUGAGGAAAACCACCACCACUACCGCCGCCGCCGCCGGAGCAGCAGUGACCAGAUUCUCUCCUUUUCUUCUCAUUAUCAGCACAAUCUUUUGCCUUUCCCUUUCUUGUUCAGCUACUAUCGCCUCCACCCACGGUGGUUUAACUGACGCGGAAGCUUUAUAUAUCAAGAAGCGGCAGCUUCUUUACUACAGAGAUGAGUUCGGCGACAGAGGAGAGCGGGUCACUGUAGACCCGUCUCUUGUUUUUGAAAAUCCAAGACUUAGAAAUGCUUAUAUUGCAUUACAGUCUUGGAAGCAAGCCAUUCUAUCCGACCCGUUUAAUCUCACUGGUAAUUGGGUCGGAUCUAGUGUUUGCGACUAUGAAGGUAUUUUCUGUGCUCCAGCUCUUGAUAACAAGACUGAAAGAACCGUCGCCGGCAUUGACUUGAACCACGGCGAUAUUGCCGGUUACUUGCCGGAAGAACUUGGGUUGCUUACGGAUCUUGCAUUGUUUCACAUAAAUUCAAACAGGUUUUGUGGUACGGUGCCGUUUAAGGUCAAGAACUGGAAGCUGAUGUUUGAGUUGGAUAUUAGCAACAAUCGGUUCGCCGGAAAGUUCCCGCGAGUUGUACUCAGGCUACCGGUGCUUAAAUUCUUGGAUCUGAGAUUCAAUGAGUUUGAAGGGACUGUACCGAGUGAGUUAUUCGACAAAGAUUUGGAUGCCAUCUUUAUAAAUCAUAACAGGUUCGUGUUCGAUAUUCCUGAUAAUUUUGGCAAUUCUCCGGUGUCGGUAAUUGUUCUGGCUAACAACAGAUUCCAUGGCUGUGUCCCUUCGAGUUUGGGUAAUAUGUCUAAUCUGAAUGAGAUUAUUCUGAUGAAUAAUAAGCUCAAGUCUUGCUUGCCGCCGGAGAUUGGUAUGCUUAAGAAUUUGACUGUGUUCGAUGUGAGCUUCAAUCAGUUGAUGGGUCCGUUGCCGGAUACAGUUGGGGGUAUGGUGAGCCUUGAACAGCUCAAUGUGGCUCAUAAUAUGCUGUCUGGAAGUAUUCCGGCGAGUAUUUGUCAGCUGCCGAAUUUGGAUAACUUUACUUAUUCUUAUAACUUCUUCAGUGGAGAGCCACCGGCAUGUUUGAGUUUGGGAGAUUUUGAUGAUUCGAAGAAUUGCUUGGCUGGCAGGCCGUCUCAGAGAUCGCCGGCGCAAUGUAGGGCGUUUAAGCCUGUGGAUUGUAGUACAUUUAGAUGUAAGCCAUUUGUUCCUACUUUGCCGGCUCCUCCUCCACCUUCGCCGCCAAUGCCAGUGCCUUCGCCUCCACCGGUUUCCUUGCCUCCACCAGUUUACUCUCCACCUCCACCUCCUCCAGUAAACUCUCCACCUCCACCUCCUCCAGUGUACUCUCCACCUCCGCCACCUCCUUCUCCUCCACCCCCUGUGUAUUCACCACCUCCUCCCCCUCCUCCACCUCCACCUCCCCCUCCCCCUCCACCACCAGUUUACUCACCUCCGCCUCCACCUCCCUCUCCACCCCCACCUUCACCGCCUCCCCCCCCACCACCAGUGUAUUCACCUCCGCCCCCACCACCAGUGUAUUCACCUCCGCCCCCACCACCAGUGUACUCACCUCCACCUCCACCACCUUCCCCACCUCCUCCAUCUCCUCCCCCACCCUCACCCCCACCGCCCGUAUACUCACCUCCCCCUCCACCUCCAUCUCCACUGCCUCCAUGUAUACGUCCCCCACCACCCCCUCCACCCUCACCAUCCCCACCUCCACCGCCAUUAUUCUCUCCCCCACCGCCAACCCCUUACUACUACAGCUCUCCCCCACCACCGUCGCCACCUCAUUCACCACCUCCACCACAUUCACCUCCUCCCCCACCACAUUCCCCACCACCUCCUAUCUAUCCCUACUUAUCACCACCCCCACCACCUACUCCUGUCUAUUCUCCACCCCCACCACCAACCUACUCACCACCACCACCAUCUCCGCCUCCUUGUAUAGAACCUCCCCCUCCUCCACCUCCCUGUGUAGAAUAUUCACCACCUCCUCCAUCACCAUCACCAUCACCACCUCCACCAGUACAUCACAAGCCACCACCAUCUCCAUCACCGCCGCCGCCACCCGUGAUUUACGCAUCUCCACCACCUCCAGCAGUACAUUACUACUCACCCCCACCUCCGUCUCCAUCACCGCCGCCUCCAGCUCCAGUGUACGAAGGGCCAUUGCCACCAAUACCAGGAAUAUCAUACGCAUCACCUCCACCACCUCCCUUCUACUAUUGAUUCUUUUGAGAAUUUUCCCCUCUAACCUUAAAUCAAAACCCCAAAAAAAAUACAGAAUUUAUGAUCGUGCAUUGUUAUUAUUGUUGUCUUUUGUCUUUGGGCUAUACUCAUGGCUCAUUGAGAAAAGAAUAAAGAGAAAAUUUGCAUAGGGUGUGUCAUCUGUGCAGUUUUUAGUCCACCAAAACAUAAGAGCAUUAUCAUUCACAUUAUUAGCAAGAGGGUACACAAGGAUUAUGAAUGAGAGGUAAGAGGAGAAAGUUUUCUCUCCAUAUUUAUUCGAUUGUUAUGAGUCUUAGUAAAAACAAUAAUAAGAAAAUGGCAGACAAAGUGUUUAGAUUUGCAGUAAUGUACAGUGAUGGGAAUCGGAGCUACUUCAGUUCCGGCUGCUGGUUUCGGGCUUUUUUAUUUUAUUUUAUUAUUAUUAUCUCUUCUUUUAUAUCAUACUUUUGUUUCAUUUUUUCUUAAUUUGAUAGUAUAAUCAUCAACAUUUUCACUUGUAUUGAUUUCCAGAAUUCACUCUCAUUUGUUCAUCUUCUUUCUCUAUAAUCUCCAUUUUCCUUCUGUUUUC